CUGCCACUGCCUGAGCCAUGCGGCUCCGGCUCCGGCUCCGGGUUCCAGGCCUGGGGCCCGCGCUGAGCCGCCCGCGCUGAUCCACCCGCACCCCGCGCCCCGCGCCCCGACACCACCAUGGUGCAGAAGUCGCGCAACGGCGGCGUGUACCCCGGCCCGGGCGGGGAGAAGAAGCUCAAGGUGGGCUUCGUGGGGCUGGACCCCAGCGCGGCCGACUCCACCCGGGACGGCGCGCUGCUCAUCGCCGGCUCCGAGGCGCCCAAGCGGGGCAGCAUCCUCAGCAAGCCGCGGGCCGGGGGUGCGGGCGCGGGGAAGGCCCCCAAACGCAACGCCGUGUACCGCAGGCUGCAGAAUUUCCUCUACAACGUGCUGGAGCGGCCCCGCGGCUGGGCCUUCAUCUACCACGCCUACGUGUUCCUCCUGGUCUUCUCCUGCCUCGUGCUAUCUGUGUUUUCCACCAUCAAGGAGUACGAGAAGAGCUCUGAGGGAGCCCUCUACAUCCUGGAAAUCGUCACCAUCGUGGUGUUUGGCGUGGAGUACUUCGUGCGUAUCUGGGCUGCCGGCUGCUGCUGCCGCUACCGGGGCUGGAGGGGUCGACUCAAGUUUGCCCGCAAGCCCUUCUGUGUCAUAGACAUCAUGGUCCUCAUUGCCUCCAUCGCAGUGCUGGCCGCUGGCUCCCAGGGCAAUGUCUUUGCCACAUCGGCCCUCCGCAGCCUGCGCUUCCUCCAGAUCCUCCGAAUGAUUCGCAUGGACCGUCGCGGGGGUACCUGGAAGCUAUUGGGCUCGGUGGUGUAUGCACACAGCAAGGAGCUGGUUACUGCCUGGUAUAUUGGCUUCCUCUGCCUCAUCCUGGCCUCGUUCCUGGUGUAUCUGGCAGAGAAGGGUGAGAAUGACCAUUUUGACACCUAUGCUGAUGCGCUCUGGUGGGGCCUGAUCACACUGACCACCAUUGGCUAUGGAGACAAGUACCCGCAGACAUGGAAUGGGAGGCUUCUGGCUGCCACCUUCACCCUCAUAGGUGUCUCCUUCUUUGCAUUACCCGCGGGCAUCCUGGGCUCAGGCUUUGCCCUGAAGGUGCAGGAGCAGCAUCGGCAGAAGCACUUUGAGAAGAGACGGAACCCUGCAGCAGGCCUGAUUCAGUCUGCCUGGAGAUUCUAUGCUACGAACCUGUCACGCACUGAUUUGCACUCCACGUGGCAGUACUAUGAGCGUACGGUGACCGUGCCCAUGUACAGCUCGCAACCUCAAACCUACGGGGCGUCCAGACUGAUUCCUCCUCUGAACCAGCUGGAGCUGCUCAGGAACCUCAAGAGCAAAUCUGGACUCGCCUUCAGGAAGGAGCCGCAGCCAGAGCCCUCCCCAAGUCCAGGCAGGCCGUGCAGCGAGUCCCUGUGUGGAUGUUGCCCUGGACACUCUAGCCAGAAGGUCAGUUUGAAAGAUCGUGUCUUCUCCAGCCCCCGCGGUGUGGCCGCCAAGGGGAAGGGGUCCCCGCAGGCCCCGACCGUGCGGCGUUCGCCCAGCGCGGACCCCAGUCUGGAGGACAGUCCCAGCAAGGUGCCCAAGAGCUGGAGUUUCGGGGACCGCAGCCGGGCUCGCCAGGCCUUUCGUAUCAAAGGUGCAGCUUCUCGCCAGAACUCGGAAGAAGCCAGUCUUCCCGGGGAGGACAUCGUGGAUGACAGGAGCUGUAACUGCGAGUUUGUGACCGAAGACCUGACUCCGGGUCUCAAAGUCAGCAUCCGGGCCGUGUGUGUCAUGCGUUUCCUGGUGUCGAAGAGGAAAUUCAAGGAGAGCCUGCGGCCCUACGAUGUGAUGGAUGUGAUAGAGCAGUACUCGGCUGGACAUCUGGACAUGCUGGCCCGCAUCAAAAAUCUGCAAUCCAGGAUAGAUAUGAUUGUGGGUCCCCCACCCCCUUCAACUCCCCGGCACAAGAAGUACCCCACCAAAGGACCCACGGCCCCUCCGAGAGAGUCGCCUCAGUACUCUCCUAGAGUGGACCAGAUCGUGGGUCGAGGCCCAGCCCUCACAGACAAGGACCGCACUAAGGGCCCUGCCGAAGCGGAGCUGCCGGAAGACCCCAGCAUGAUGGGCCGUCUGGGCAAGGUGGAGAAGCAGGUCUUGUCCAUGGAGAAGAAGCUGGAUUUCCUGGUGAACAUUUACAUGCAGCGUACCGGCGUACCCCCCACGGAGACCGAGGCCUAUUUUGGGGCCAAGGAGCCAGAGCCGGCCCCCCCUUAUCACAGCCCGGAGGACAGCCGGGACCACGGCAGGAACGGCUGCAUUGUCAAGCUCGUGCGCUCCACCAGCUCGGGGGGCCAGAAGAACUUCUCAGCGCCGCCCGCCCAGUGCCCGCCCUCCACCUCGUGGCAGCACUGCCAUACCCGCUCGGGCCCUGGGGUCUCCCCCGUGGGUGACCCUGGCUCCCUAGUGCGGAUCCCACCCCCACCAGCCCACGAGCGAUCCCUGUCGGCCUACAGCGCGGGGGCGCGGGCCAGUGCUGAGUUCCCACGACACGAGGACUUGCCGACCAGCCGGGGCCCUGAGGCAGGCCUGCGGGGCAGUGACACGUCCAUCUCCAUCCCAUCCGUGGACCACGAAGAACUGGAACGUUCCUUCAGCGGCUUCAGCAUCUCCCAGUCCAAGGAGAACCUAGAUGCGCUGGCCAGCAACUACCCGGCUGUGGCCCCCUGCGCCAAGGUGCGCCCCUACAUCGCAGAGGGCGAGUCGGACACGGACUCGGACCUGUGCACGCCCUGUGGGCCCCCUCCUCGCUCUGCCACUGGGGACGGUCCCUUCGGGGAUGUGGGCUGGGCCCGGAAAUGAGGCGGUUUAUCCAGCUGUACAUGCAAGAGUUUCUGUGAGGACCAUUUGGGGCCCUUUUCUGGUUGACGAAGACAGGCCCCUGGGUGCAAAAUGGGCCCCUGUCUGCUGGGAAUCGGUGAAGCUCUCUCUUAGAGGGGGCUUCAGUGCCAGUACUGUGUGGCAGCCAGGUGGAGAGGUUGCUUCAGAUGGCAGAGGACUGGCCCCUUGAGGAGCAGGGCAGGGGUUUCUGUCUACAUUGGAGGCCACAGUCCUGAACUGGCCAUCUGGUCCUCCAUUCCUUUCCUGCUGGUGGUUGGGUAGAGCUUUAGGGCAGACUUCCAGCCUCCCACCCCUUGAUUCUUGGGACUGCCAAGUCCAGGGGAACCCUCAUAUCCCCCCCUUGCUCUUGGUGACAACCAUGUUCCACAGGAUUCUGAAAAGGAUUAGAUAGGACAUCUAGGAUGGCUUCCUUGGCCAUGUCCACAUCAUUAUGACAGCCAGGCCAGUAGAAUAGCAGUGGGGUUGGGGAACAUCUAGAGUGGGACCAUCUCCAGAGUCUGGAGGUCACUGUCCCGUGAAAUGUCUCUAUGACCCCCUACACCAACUUUCCACUGAGAACCAGGCUUUGCUCUGCCCUCCUGGGCCCCUGGCUGAGGGUUUCAGCCCGCACAGUGCAGAAGAAAAAGUUGGGGGCAAGGACAGGCAAGAACAGAUACAGACAUGUCUGUGAGGGGCCCAGCUGGACAGAGAGUGAGCCACAGUCCACAGUGUCCUCAGGAGGGACUGUCCUGGGUGCUGGGGGCAAGCUCAGAGCAGCUGUGGCUGGUCCCAGCCCUGGUGUUCAGGCACCUUUGGGAGUUGCCUCUACUGCCCUGGUCAGCUCCCUCCCUCCACCACCCCUUGCCAGCAGCUUGUCCAAAGGGUCCCCAGGGAGACAGGCCCACUCUUAUGGUUAGGAGCUGAGGGCCAUGUCCUGUACCCCUCAGUUUUUGGAGCCAGAUUCCUUCCAGCCAUGACAUGUGGUCAUUGCUGUGGCUCUACUAGUUACUCAGCGAAGUGGGGUCACUUAAGCACCCCAAGGGGAGGAGCAACAGCCACUGGAGGUCCUAGGCAGGGCACCCGGACCGAGGUCCUCCC